GUUUCUUAUCCCUACAUUAGAAACGGUACUCAGAUAAAAGUCGAUACUUAUGUAUUUAUUUUGCAGGGCUUGAGGUUGCAAUUAAAACACAUUUUUUAAUCCCAUCAUCAUGGAAAGUUCCUUAGAGGACAGAUAUCGCGAGCACCGAGAGAAGGUCCAGGCAGACAGGCUUGCUCUAGAGAAGGAGCUCAUAUCCUGUGGAGGGGAAGACGUCCUGCUGACGAAGCAGCGCAGGGACGUGUUGCUCCUGCAGCCCUCGGAUCUCCUGCUGCAGCUCAGAAAGGGAGAGUUGUCUGCCGUGACAGUCCUGCAGUCCUACCAGUCCAAGGCUCUUGACUUGGCAAGAAGCUUCAACUGCAUAACAGAGUUCAUCCCUGACGCAAAGGCAUGGGCCGAGGCUCUAGACAAGCUGGCCCAAGAUGAGAGACGUGCCCUGCACGGGCUUCCCGUCAGCGUCAAAGACUGCAUCAUGGUCAAGGGUUUGGACUGCACGCUGGGGCUGCUCAAGAAGGUGGGGCAGCCCGCCCCUGUGGACGCAGAUGUCGUCACGGUCCUCAAGGAGCUGGGGGCCGUGCCCUUCGUGAAGACCAACGCGUCGCAGCUUUGUAUCAGCAUUGGCUGCUCGAACCCUCUGUGGGGCGCUGCACGACAUCCGCUCAACGCAGCGAGGACCCCCGGCGGCUCCUCUGGCGGUGAAGGGGUUCUCAUCAGCGGCGGAGGUUCGGUGUUGGGGAUCGGAACAGACCUCGGUGGGAGCAUCCGCCUGCCCGCCAGCUGGUGUGGAGUGGUGGGCAUCAAACCCACCGCUAAGAGGAUGUCUAGGAGGGGACUCGUUGGGGCCCUCAGGCCUAUUGGCAUAUUUGGAACCUGGGGCUUAAUGGGCAAAGACGGGGCUUUUGUGGCCGAGGCGACCAAGGCGAUUUUCUCCGCGGCCGACUUCCAUGCCUGCGAUCCGGAGGUGCCGCCUCUGUCCUGGAACGACAGCGUCUACCUGUCCAAGAUGGCCCUCCGUGUCGGAUGGUUCGACUCGAUAUCCCUCUUCCCCAGCACUCCGGGGGUGAAGCGCGCUGUGGCGCAAGCCGUGGCGGCCUUCGAGGCCCUAGGCCACGAAGUGGUCGCGUUUCCUGAGCAAAAUUGGAUUGAAGGCCUCGAUAUUUGCGUUCAGUUACUCUUUGCCGAUCAAGGAAAGUUUGUGGAUCUUCUGCUGGAUGGCGAAACUGUAGACGAAGAACUUUUGUGGUACAAAUCGUUUGCUGCGGUGCCACCCGACCAAACUGAAGAUCGUUGUCCCGAACUCCAACGACAGUUUGGAAGCGUAGCUGUGCAGCACAGCUUUUGCACAUUAUCUAGCUGCACAGAUUUGUGGAAGAAGAUGAUAGAGAGAAGCGUGUUUGUCAACACAUUUUACCAGAACUGGAAGUCAAAUGGGCUGGACCUGCUAUUAUGUCCCGUCUAUCCAUCUCCUGCACCCAAGACUGAGCAAGUCGGAAUGAUUAAUUUCUCUAUGAUGCUGACCGCGAUUUUUAACGUCAUGGACUACCCCGCUGCUGCCGUGCCUGUCACUCGGCAAACCCAAGAAGAAGAGCUAAACAUUGCCAACUAUUCCUGCACCGACAAAAUCCAUGAUCUAAUUAAACAAAACGGACGUGACGCCGUGGGCCUGCCUCUCGGCGUUCAACUCGUGGCGCUGCCAUACGGCGAAGAACUGCUGUGCCGGGCUAUAGCCGAGCUGUCCAACUCCCUCAAAUAUAAAUACUGAGCUGCAGCUUUGAUGGAGCUGCUGUGCCGGGCUAUAGCCGAGCUGUCCAACUCCCUCAAAUAUAAAUAUUGAACUACCGCGCUGCAGGAGCUGCUGUGCCGGGCUAUAGCCGAGCUGUCCAACUCCCUCAAAUAUAAAUACUGAGCUGCAGCUUUGCAGGACCUGCAGUACCGGGCCCUUGCCAAGCUGUCCAAUUCCCUCAACUGCAAAUACUGAGAGCUGCUGUACUGGGCCCUAGCCGAGCUGUCCAACUCCCUCAAAUAUAAAUACUGAGCUGCAGCUUUGCAGGACCUGCUGUGCCGGGCCCUAGCCGAGCUGUCAAAUUCCCUCAACUGCAUAUACUGAAUUACCGCGCUGCAGGAGCUGCUGUGCCGUGCCCUAGCCGAGCUGUCCAACUCUCUCAACUACAAAUACGGAACUACUAUACUCCAGGACCUGCAAUGCUGGGACCUAGCCGAGCUGUACAACUGUAGUAACUGGAAUUUACAACUCGCACUAUCAUUUCCUUUGAACGGAAUAAUUAUUUUUAUUCAUUUCCAUAGCUCGUUGAACACCAUUUGCUGUAGCUUCAUAUAACCUUAUUAGCAAAAUUCAACUAUUUACAUCAAUGUUCUCUAUUAUUAUUCAAUUGUGAAAUAUUAAAUCAAAAAUAGUAUUACUGUCAUAAUAUCAGUUCUAUGCUAUGUCAUGUCUUUAUUAUAACGACCAUCACCCACGCAGGUGUUGGUCGGUGGCAUUAUUCUUCAAUUCAUCAAUAAAUUUAUUGAAUCUUCA